CAUUCCAUUUCCGUUUCGGUUAAUGUACCCCACCAAACGCAUCCUCAAAAGUCUGUCUAGGUAAAUUCUAAACAAACAUUUUUGCCUCGGUUUCUUUCCCACCUCCCCCAAACACACAUUUUCCCGGAAAAAACAAACCAAAGUAAAAUGGUAGAAAAUAUCCACAGAUUUUCUCCCUCCCCUCUUCACUCUUCUCACUACCAACCUACCUCUAAAACACUGAAUUUUUAUAAAUAGAAAUACAAGGUAUUUUUUAAAGAGAAAGGAUUUCAUGGGUGCCUCCCUUUCCAGACGAACGGAGGGAACCAAUAGGACCGAGAUGACACCAGGAUUGGGGGACAUACCCGAGGGCUGCUUGGCCUGCGUUUUCAUGAACUUGACGCCCCCGGAGAUUUGCAAUCUCGCCAGGUUGAAUCGCGCCUUUAGAGGGGCUGCCUCCUCCGACUCCAUCUGGGUAAAGAAGCUACCCACUAAUUAUCAAGAUCUGCUAAAUUUGUUGCCUCCUGAGAGGUACCAGAACAUGUCCAAGAAAGACAUUUUUGCGCUUCUUUCUCGCCCGGUACCUUUUGAUGAUGGAUAUAAGGAAGUAUGGCUAGACAGAGUGACAGGCAGGGUAUGCAUGGCAAUAUCUGCAAAAGGGAUGGCAAUUACUGGAAUCGAUGAUCGGAGAUAUUGGAAUAGGGUUGCUACUGAAGAAUCUAGGUUCCAUAUUGUGGCCUAUUUGCUGCAAAUAUGGUGGUUUGAAGUUGAUGGAGUUGUGAAGUUCCCUCUUCCUGCUGAUGUCUAUACUCUGUCAUUCAGGAUUCACCUUGGAAGAUUUUCCAAAAGGUUGGGAAGACGGGUGUCUAGUUUUGAGCACACCCAUGGUUGGGACAUAAAGCCUGUAAGAUUUGAGUUGUCUACUACUGAUGGUCAGCUAGCAUCAUGUGAGUGCUAUUUAGAUGAUAUGGAACAAGAUUAUGAAAAUAGAAACCAUAAACGAGGAUGCUGGAUAGAGUACAAGGUAGGUGAAUUUAUUGUCAGCAACUCAGAGACAGUCACCGAAGUCAGAUUUUCCAUGAAACAGAUAGAUUGCACACACUCUAAAGGAGGACUUUGUGUAGAUUCUGUAUUUAUUAUCCCCACUGAUUUAAUAGACUGUUAAAGGCGAGGGAUUUUGAAAUAGUCUGAAACACAUCAGGGUUGGUUGUUAUCAUCGAUGAUCCCUGGAAAUUCCAGGUGGGGUUUCUCAUGCAGCUUAUACUUCUAAAGGCGUGUGUUGUUUUAGUAGGUACAUUAUUAAUUGGUCUUGGAGUAGGUAUGGUUAUAUAAGUUUCACUAUCACAGGUUUGAUCCAGUUUUGUUUCCUUUGCACCUUUGCAGAUAAAAUUAAAAGAUUAUGCUUGUUUAUCAUAUUGUUUCACGAGGCGCUUUCUGUUAAAAUUUUCUUUACUUGUGAUGCAAAUGAGGUACAACUCUAAAUUCCUAUUAGGUCUUACCGACACGGUUUUAUUCCCUUCAUUGCGUCUUUAUAUAUUUAGAAAAGCUCAUGGUGCUAGGAGAAUCUUUGUUCUCUCUCUUCUGAUCUCUCAACAUUUUAGCCGUUGCAGUAAAUAUGUUAAAUUAUUUUUAGUGGUUACACCACCAUAAUGAAUGUUUGUAUUGAUUAUGAAA